AUGAAUAACAAUCCUGCUGCUCGCCCUCCAAUGUUGAACGUUUCUACGGUCAUCAAAUCCAAAUGGAAAAUCCAAGGUAAACUCGGACAAGGUGCUUUCGGUGAAACCUAUGCUGCUGUAGAUCUUCAUAGUGGAGAAGAUGUUGCUAUCAAAGUUGAAAAAUUGGAUAAUAAGAAGAUGAUUCUCAAAUUGGAGGUCAUUGCUUUAAAGAAGGUUCAAGCCUGUCCAUAUGUUGUGCGGUACAUUCAUAGUGGUCGCCAAGAUGAUUAUAACUUUUUGGUGAUGGAAAGGCUUGGAGAGAGUUUAGCUGACCUGCGUAAGAGAACUCCUCGUGGCGCUUUUUCUAUGAGCACAACAUUGAGACUCGGAAUUCAAAUGAUUGAAAGUCUAGAAGGAGUACAUAAAUUAGGUUAUAUUCAUCGUGACGUAAAGCCCUCUAACUUUGUUAUGGGAAGAUCAAAACCAAAACGUGGAAGAGCCUAUCUUAUCGAUUUUGGUUUGGCUCGUAAAUUUAAACUUCCAAGCGGUGAGAUUAGACCUCCUCGUCGCAAUGCUGGAUUUAGAGGAACAGCUCGUUAUGCAUCGAUAAAUUCCCAUCACUCUAAAGAAUUGGGGCGACGAGACGAUUUAUGGUCAGUCUUCUAUGUUUUGGUGGAAUUUGCUUUAGGAUCAUUACCUUGGAGAAAAAUCAAAGACAAAGAACAUAUUGGUGAGCUUAAAGAGCGUUUCACAAAUGCGGAGCUUGUGAAAGACUUGCCCAAUGAGUAUCAACUUUUUAUGGAACAUUUACAAAAAUUAGGAUAUGCGGAUGAACCUGAUUAUGAUUACUUGAAAUCUUUACUUUUGCAAGUUUACAGCAGAGAGGGCUAUUCUCACGAUGAACCAUUUGACUGGCAAAGAAAAGAAAAAACUUCUGUGCCUCCUCAAAUUGAUAUUACAAGUAUUGUAGAUGAUCAACCAGUCGUUUCUGCUGAUGACAGACUUCCAAAUAGAUUUGUGACAGGUGGCCCAAAGAGUUUGGACAAUGAUAAUCAAAAACCUACUCAAGCAAACAAGAAAAAUGACAAUGAGGAAUCGGAAAAGUCAGGCAAAGGUUGUAAAUGUAUUAUUUUGUAA